UACAACAUCUUAACCUCCAACAAAAUAUCAAGAUGGAUUAUCAGGCAUUACGAAAGCUUCAAAGACAAUGGGCUACAUCACCAAUACCAGCAUGGACCUUCUCGGGCGCCUUACUCGCGACACUGCCUAAAACUCGACAACAUCUCCACGGAUACCCAGGGCCAAUAUCGACGGCGUUUAUUGGUGGUGUGACGGCGCUAUCGGGGUAUUUUACGAUGACAGGAGAGCAUCAUAAUGGAGCAGGAGUUACGACGGCGUGGUCGAUGGGCUACCUCCUUAUCAAUGGGCGGAAAGGGUUGUUCUCGUUUAGACCGUGGCCACUUGGACUGACGAUGCUGGCGCUGGGGAAUAUGGCGGCGUAUGGGUCAUAUUACGCGGGAUUCCACUGAACAUUUGCGAGACGAGAAACGAGUGAAGCGAUGAUUCAAGAUCUCGUCAAUUAGCAUAGAUACCCUGCAUCUCGAAUAAAUUGUUCCCUAAGCGUAUAUGUAAUACUGAUUAUAAAUACCGUCGUUGUAGUCCUGCAAGUUAUAUGUC